GAUGGGUCACGUGUGGGUCGUGAGAGGAAGAAGACAGUGUCCUUCAGCAGCAGCCUGUCAGAGAAGAAAAUCAGCAGCGCCGCCGACUGUAUCCACUCCAUGGUUGAGGGGAGCGAGCUGAAGAAGAUCCGGCCUAAUUCGCGUGUCUACCAGCGCUACUACAUGCUAGACACAGGGCUCCAGGCUCUGUGCUGGGAACCGUCCAAGAAGGAAUCAGACAAAGCCCGCAUCUCCCUCACCUCCAUACGGGAGGUACGAACAGGUCGUAACACGGACACCUUCCGCACCAGUGGAGUUUAUGAGCAGAUAUCAGAGGACUGCGCCUUUUCCAUCAUCUAUGGAGACGUGUAUGAAAACCUGGACCUGGUGGCCAACUCUGCUGAAGUGGCAAACAUUUGGGUGACUGGACUAAGGUAUCUGAUGCAGUAUGGGAAACACGCCCUGGACAUGCUAGCCAGCAGCCAGGACAGCCUUCGUCUUGAUUGGCUCGAGCAGUUGUUCUCCUCCACCGCUGUUUCAGAAGGACUGGAAGAUGAGGACGAAGGGAUCCGCUUGAGAUCAGCCGUCAAGCUGAUACAGAGCGUGAACCCUGGUGUGAGCAGUGGGAAAGUGGAGCACAGGUUUAAAGAGCUUCAAAGGGUUAGGGAGAAGGUGUCUGGGCUCAUGUUGAAUAACGGAUCCGGUGUUAAAGAUCACGUCGAAACCAAAAGACCACUGGGAAGAAACGAGCGAGUCACCAAGCCGGAGUUUAUCGAGGUCUUUCACGACUUUUGCACACGUCCAGAGAUCUACUUUCUGUUGGUGCAGUUUUCAAGCAACAAGGAGUUCCUUGACACCAAAGACCUGAUGAGGUUCCUCGAGGCUGAGCAAGGCAUGACCCAAGUGAGUGAGGAGACUAGUCUGAAGCUCAUCCAGUCCCACGAGCCGUCGGAGAAAGGCCGGCAGCAGGGAUACCUGUCUCUGGACGGCUUCACCAGCUACCUCACCUCAGCAGAGUGCAACCUCUUCGACAGGGAGCACGGCGCCGUCUGCCAGGAUAUGUCCCAGCCUUUGUCCCACUACUACAUUAACUCCUCCCACAACACCUACCUCAUCGAGGACCAGUUCAAAGGCCCCUCCGACAUCUCCGGCUACAUCCGCGCCCUCAAGAUGGGCUGUCGAUGUGUGGAAGUGGACGUUUGGGACGGCUCUGAUGAGGAGCCAGUGGUGUGCACGGGUCACACACUUUCCCCACCGCUGUCCCUGCGUUGUGUGUUGGAAGCAAUUGGACGUUUUGCAUUUGCGGCAUCAGAUUAUCCAUUAAUUUUAUGUGUUGAGAACCACUGUUCACUUCAUCAGCAGGAAACAAUGUGGAAACACCUCAUGGGAGUACUAGGGGAUAAGUUAUACAUAUCUCCGCCUGAUGAAGAGGACUCUUACCUACCGUCACCUCAUGUGUUACGCCAUCGGAUCCUACUAAAGGGUAAGAAGUUGGGUCCAGGUUCUGAUGGCGAGGACGGCGUGGUAAGUGAGGAGGAUGAAGGGGCAGAGACGUGUCAAAGGAUGAAGGAAGCUAAUAGCGGAGGGGCCACGCCUGGAGGAAGUGAGAAGGAGUUGGAGAAAAGCGUCACUCAGUCUCAUCCUCCUCAUCCUCCAUCAAAACAGUUCCAGCUCUUGAAGGAGCUUUCCGACCUUGUGGCUCUUUGCCGCUCAGUGAGCUUCACUGACUUCCCGACAUCAUCCAAAAGCCAAAAACCUUGGGAGCUGUGUUCCUUUCACGAGUCUCUGGCCGUGCGUCUCACUAGUGAAAGCCCCGGAGACUUUGUCAAUCAUAACAAGCAUUUUCUGUCACGGGUGUACCCCAGCCCCAUGCGCAUUGACUCGAGCAACAUGAACCCUCAGGACCUGUGGAAGUGUGGGUGCCAAAUUGUGUCCAUGAAUUUUCAGACAGCAGGACUAAUGAUGGACCUGAACACGGCUUGGUUCCGGCAGAACGGGAACUGCGGUUACGUCCUGCGCCCGGCCAUCAUGCGGCAGGAGGUGUCGUAUUUCAGUGCCGACACCAGAGAGACGGUGCCUGGUGUGUCUCCACAGCUGCUUCAUGUGAAGGUGAUAAGUGGCCAGAACCUGCCCAAGCCAAGAGGUUCAGGGGCCAAAGGGGAUGUGGUGGACCCAUACGUGUACGUGGAGAUCCACGGCAUCCCGGCCGACUGCACCGAGCGCCGCACCAGGACAGUGAUCCAGGACGGGGACAACCCUAUCUUUGACGAGAGCUUUGAGUUCCAGAUCAAUCUGCCGGAGCUCGCCAUGGUUCGCUUUGUAGUGCUGGAUGAUGACUUCAUAGGGGACGAGUUUAUAGGGCAGUACACCAUCUCUUUAGAGUGUCUCCAGCCAGGCUACCGUCAUGUGCCACUCCAGUGUCUGACAGGGGAGGAACUCCCCCAUGCUAAGCUGUUUGUCCAUGUGGCCCUCACCAAUCGUAGAGGAGGAGGAAAGCCUCACAAGCGAGGCCUGUCUGUGAGGAAGGCCCGGAAGGGCAGGAACUACACAGCUCUGAGGGACUUGGGAGUCCGGGCUGUGGACGAGGUUUUCAAGAUAGUUGCUCCACUGCUGAGGGAAGCUACUGACCUGAGGGAAAACAUGCAG